AUGGCUUUAAAGCAUGACGUGGAAGAAUUAACUGAGGUUAAGCAACCCGCUUCUGAUCCUAUGUAUAAAUUUAACUACUGGAUGCGUUAUGUGUCCCGUCUCAUCCGGUUUCGUCCUGUUUAUCGGAAAGAACUAUUAGGUUGGCGUUUUGAAACUGAGCAUAAUUUUCAACAAGCUGAUUCAUUGCCUAACGAAAUGAGAGAAGAAAAAUUCUUACCAAUUUGGCACUUCUCUGAGAAACCUCCUUGGAACAUUGCCAAUCGUCUAUCAGAGUUCCCGUAUCCAAAUACUACUUGGUGUGUAAUUCAUGAAGAUGGUCGAAAAGAUGUACGCAAAUUACAACCCAUGUUGCCUGAGAACCAGUUAAUUUUCAAAGGUGAUCGUGUUCGCAUACUUGAUGGACCCGAUAAAGGAAAAGUUGGUAUAGUUUCAUCAGUUCUGAAAAUGAGACGUAUGGUCUAUGUUGAUGGACUUAAUUAUCGUAUAAUUGCAUCGAAAAAAAAUAAUUCCUUGAGACGUAAUGAAGAUCCACUAGACAUUGAUACUCAGGUUGCUCUUGUGGAUCCGUUUAAUAAUGAAUCUUGUCGAUGCGCUUGGCGGUACACUGAAAAAGGUGAUCGUGUACGUGUCUCCUUGAAUACUGGUCAUGUAAUACCUUUACCAACAUCUGCCAAUAGAUUGGAUGACCUCACUGAUCCGAAAGCAGCUACUGACGGUUCAAAGACACUCCUGAACAAGUUUUAUGCGAUAAAACUUUUGAUGAUUCCCAUAUGA